AUCCCGGCUUGAGCUCCUUCCAGCUUUCUUUUGUUCCUUCCUUCCAUCCCUUCAGCAGAGCGGGUCUUCUGAAUCUUCUGCACGCUCAGCCAUGAGGUCGCUGAUAGCUCUGGUACUCCUGGGUCAGAUUUUAGGAUGCACGGCCGUUUCGCCGCCAUUUAUUCCCCUUCGACCACAGCUUCUUCCAUGCGAUCUCCCCGAGGUCGAACAUGCAGCAGAGAUUGCAGUGAACCACAUCAACACACAUACGGUCCAUGGAUAUAAAUAUGUCUUGAACAGAAUUGAAAAGGCCAAGAUGAUACCCCGGAGGCCACAUGGAGAGAUUUACUUCCUAGAGAUGGAGUUACUGGAGACCAGAUGCCAUGUCUUGAGCCCAGUGCCAGCUGCCAACUGUUCAGUACGAGCUCGGCAUGAACAUGCGGUUGAAGGAGACUGCAAUGUCAAACUGCUCAAGCACGAGGGAGAAUUCAAAGUGCUCAAUGUUCACUGCCACUCAACUCCAGACUCAGCUGAAGACGUCGUAAGACUUUGCCCUGACUGUCCCCUGCUAUUGCCUUUGAAUAACGCCAAUGUGGUGAGCGCAGUUAAUACGGCCCUUGCCCAUUUCAACGCCGAAAAUAACAGCAUCCACUACCAGCUCCUGGAGAUCUCACGUGGGCAGAUCUCAGUUUUGCCUCCAGCUACCCAUGUGGAGUUUGCUAUAGUUCUCUCUAACUGCUCAGCCCAAGAGGCUCAGGACCUCGCACAAGACUGCAAACCGUUGACAGGCGAGCAUUCACAAUUUGGGUUCUGCAAGGCAACUGUUUUUGAUCAUAAUGUUCCUACUGGCCAGACUCUUCCCAAGGAUGUCGUACACUGCUCAGUCUACGAACAACAGGCUGGAGCUUUUCAUACUCAUUGGACCGAGCAUCACUUAGGAGGAAAGAUUAUUUCCCCUGGAAUUGGCCACACUGUCCUCAGCCUCAUUCAUUCUCACAACGACACACACGCAUCCCACGAGUCGCACUCGGCUGAGGCUAUAGUACCUGCAGUACAACCUGCCGUGGUCAAAAGAGAAGUGGGGGCUGCCCCACCAUUGCAACCAGUGCUGGUAGCCCCAGGUCCUCAGUUAUGUCCAGGAAAAGUACAUUUUUUCAGCUUGGAUUAAUGGAACGUCUUGCACGAUAAGGAAGGGAUGGCCGGAUGAAGAAACCAGCUAAUAAAGUGUUGUGUAGAUUUUCCUCACCUGCCCGCUCCAAGGAGAUUUCAAUAGUUUGCAAACAUCUACUCCCUCUUACAGGAAAGACUGUGCCGGAUCGCUUUGCCCAAGUUGUCCUUAGUUUUAAAGUUUCUAGCCCCUGUGGUAAACACCAAGUGGGGGGGGAAAAACGGAGAUGAGACUUGAUGAAAUCGCGAGAAUGUUCUAUCCCGCACCCUGGUAGCCAUCCCCUUGUGUGGCAGUAAUUCAAUGACGUGCUGCUACAAUUUAGGCAACUAAAUGCACACUGCAAAAUCUGUUGUGCCAGUUGGGAGAGUGGGGCUUUAUUUUAACAGGAACAAGAUUUGCAACAUAACACAGAAGUAGCCAGAAAAAUGCUUCAAUUAUCUUCUCUAUAGACUCUUUUUUUGUCGUUUUUCCUGAUGUCUCAAAAGGCUGAACACAUGACAGGAACAAGGUUGGAAUAUCUCUGUCCUCACAGUUUUAAAAAAAAUGGUGCUUAAAAAUAAAAUAUCAAAAGCCUUCUUA